GCGGGCCCGCGCGUGUCGCUGCGAUGACUGUUGGGAGUGAUGGUGCCCAGACAUCAGAAAAUCUCCUUCUGCUUAUUUUGUGCAGUAUAAUGUAGGCUCCUGAAGCUCUGUCCCGGGAUGCUGAGGGUGUGUGUGCAGCCUGCAUCCACGUUCCUGUGUCUCUGCCACAACCACAGAUGCCUAAGAAAUACAGCGGCAAGCCUCAGAAAUCGACAGUCAUUUUAGACCGCCAAGCCGCCGGUGAGCACUGAAGAAAUCCCACUUGUGUGGGCUUACUGAAGUCCAUUAUGGCUCUCAGACGAGCCCAGGCAUUCAGGCCCAGUAUGACCGAGCCCAAUACUCCACCAGUCAACUCCCCUGUACGAGUGCACUCCAGAGACACACCGGGUCCAGAAGAACUUCCCGGAAGCACUAUUGGAAGCCAGUCAAGCACACCCAUCCCAGCCAGCAAUGGUUCUGUCUCAGGGGAUGACUCCAUCCAUGAUGAGAGCCCUAUUCAGCCUGUCAGCAUGGAGGAAGACUCACUGUCUGAAUAUGAUAAUGUCAGAUCGGAGGAGGAAGAGGAGCAGGACCAUGAGGAAGACGAGGAGCUGCGUACUGAUGCAGAUGGAAUGACCUACUAUGUUCAUUGUUGCCCUGAAGAUGAGAGCUAUAUGGAAGGGAUGGACUGCCACGAGGGUGCUGAUAGCACUGAUAGACCUGGUACUUCCAGGGAUCCACAUGGUGGACGGAAGCCAGUCGGAGCUUGGGCUCACUCUGAGGGCUUUUAUGAAGUACUGCAGCAAGACAAAGAGCUGAUCUAUAAACGCCCUGAACCUAUCACUGAAGCCACCUACAUUCAAGCCCCCAUGGCUGAGGAUGAAGAAGAUGAAGAAGAGGCAGAGGAGAUAGAAGAUGAUGAGUAUGAGGAGGAGGAGGAGGAAGAGGAAGAAGAUGGUGAACAAUAUUUUGUUUAUGAAGGAGAGAGGGCAGAAGAAGAUCAGGAUGAAAUUCUCCCAAAAAGCCAUGAUUUCCCAAAGGUCAUUCGAAACCCUCAUCGGGACUCAAGUCAAGCAGAGAGUAGAGAAGGAGAGGAUUUUCCCAAGGGACAAGACACAAGUAUCCCAGAAAACAGUAGAGAUAAUACCCAGCUAUCGUUGAGUGGCCAGAAGGAAGGCAUGACACAGGCCACUGGGGAUGACAGAGCUGAUUAUGAAAGGGGCUUUGAAAUGGACAGCACUGAUAGGAACAGAACCUGUAAGGGAGGUGGUGGAGUUAAAGUAACAAAAAAUGCAGAUCCUGAGAACAGAGUAGAGUUUAAAAAGACAGACUCAUGCAAAGAAAAUAGAGACAAGGAAGUAGACGACAGGCAUUUAAAUGAAGACAGUGGCUGUCCCGAGGACAGUAUAGGAAGAAGAGAGAGGCGCGCUCCCAGUAUUCACAGAGCAGAGGCCAGGAGAGAUGGACAAGUAGUGGCUUCUGAAGGGGAAGUGGACCAUAUUGUAAAUGGAGUAAGGGCAACACUGAAAGUAGGUCCUAAGACCAUUGAAAUGGAUGGGGCCCCAGUUGAAAAGUCAUGCGCUGAAAGAGGGGCUCCAAAUACUUUUGGUGCUUUGUCAAUGAAAUCACACAGGAGGGAAAAUGGACCCGCAGCGCCGGACGCAGCCAUGCAGCCUCCAAACCCACAAACUUCAAAAAAACUUCAAAAAGACUUGACCACAUCAACUAAAGAAGAGGGACUGAGGUCCAGUCAAGAGCAGCAAGGGAAAAUAAAUCCCUCUUUCCCAAGCUUUGUGGAUGGCCUGUAUUCAGGUCUUUGUGUCUCUUAUUCAGUUCCAGGUCCAUGUGAACCAGAGGACCUCAUCGAUGGGAUCAUCUUCGCUGCUAAUUACCUCGGCUCUACCCAGAUCCUGUCUGACAGAAACCCAUCAAAGAGUGUGCGCAUGAUGCAAGCUCAGGAAGCCGUGGACCGAGUUAAGAGUCUUGAUGGAGAGACCCAGAGCCUGACUGAGGUUGACCUCUUCAUUUCAACAAAAGCCAUCAAAGUGCUCAAUGCUGACACACAGGAGACGAUGAUGGACAAUGCUCUGCGCACCAUCUCCUACAUUGCGGACAUUGGCAGCGUGGUGGUCCUGAUGGCCCGCAGACGCAUGUCACACACCACCUCACUGGACUGUACCGAGACAAGCCACGGUGCUGCAGAGGGCAGGAAACAGUACCGCAUGAUCUGUUAUGUCUUCGAGUCUGAGGAUGCUCAGCUCAUUGCACAGUCCAUUGGUCAGGCGUUUAGCAUGGCCUACCAAGAAUUCCUGCGUGCAAAUGGGAUCAACCCAAAGGACCUCAGCCAGAAAGACUACAGUGACAUUCUUAAUACACCAGAGAUGUAUAAUGAUGACCUUAUCCACUUUUCAAACUCUGAAAACUGUAAGCAGCUGCACCUGGAGAAGCAGAAAGGAGAAAUUCUGGGUGUUGUCAUAGUAGAGUCUGGAUGGGGCUCCAUUCUUCCCACCGUCAUCUUGGCUUGCAUGCUUAAUAGUGGACCAGCUGCCCGCUCAGGAAAGCUCAGUGUUGGGGACCAGAUCAUGGCUGUCAAUGACACCAGUCUGGUGGGCUUGCCUCUGGCCACCUGCCAAAGUAUCAUCAAGAGUCUAAAAGGUCAGGUGCAGUUAAAGCUCAGUGUGGUCAGCUGCCCUCCUGUCACCACUGUGCUGAUAAAAAGACCAGACCUGCAGUACCAGCUGGGCUUCAGUGUACAGAACGGAAUAAUCUGUAGUCUGAUGCGAGGUGGAAUAGCGGAACGUGGAGGAGUGCGUGUGGGCCACAGAAUCAUUGAGAUUAAUGGACAGAGUGUGGUUGCCAUGGCACAUGAGAAAAUUGUCCAUGCCCUCUCUGUGUCUGCUGGAGAGAUUCAUAUGAAAACUAUGCCAGCUGUGAUGUUCAGACUGCUGACCGGACAGGAGACCCCAGUAUACAUCUGAUGGCAGUGUGGGUGCUCCAGAGGCUGUGUGGUGCGCUGACCUGGUUGUGCAACUUUAAACAACACUAUACUUUUCUUCCCUAGUCUUAUGUACUGGUUGUGUUUUUAUUCACCCAGUCCUAUAAAGGGAAUAGCCUUGAUGUGGUAUCAUACAAAUACAAGUAAAGAUAGUUUACCAGUUCAGCAGAACUCCACAAAAUAGAGGAAACUGAUAUAAACCUUUAGGCAUUAAUCCAUCAGGCUAUUCAGUGGACAUGCAGAAUGUAUGCUUCAUCCAAGAAAAGAACACUUAGUGAGGCUAGUUACUCAUUCUCAUAGUGUGACAUGGCUCAUAGAGGAGAGUUAGGUGAGUGCUUUAUUGGAUACAGCAGAUCCAAAAUAAAAGAGGCCUUGCUGGACCAGAAACUAAGGGAGCUGAUUGAUAAUUGGAGCCAUAAGCAAUACAAGUCCCCUGGCUCUCUGUGUUCUGUGUUUGGGUCUUCCAUCCUCAAGAUGAUGUCAGGCCUUUGAGUGGCAAGUAGUGCAUGAUCUCCAUCUGUGUUUGAUUAAGUUUGGCUGAAGCUAACAAUACACUGACCAGCUUCUCCAGCUUAUCACAGGUUCUACCUUUUCCAGCUCCACCCCAUGCUCUCUCACACAUGAUUAGUAUUGUUAUUAUUAUUAUGUUUUUUAGUAAAUAGUGCAGAUACUGACAUUUAUUUUUAAUGAUGUACAUAGUAUUCCUGCUUGGGCUGUAUAUUACUGUUCGUCAGCAGGUUUAUAAUGCUCAAGGCUAGAUAUCUAUGCAGGGUCAUCAGCUACGGUCAAGAGGUCAAGGUAUUUAAUCAUAACUUGUCAUAUCACUUUAGUCAUUUGGGUGCAAUGUGCUGAAUUCCAAAGAUAGCAAUGCAACAUUAUGACUAGAAUACAUACUGGUGUUAUUUGGUGACAGAUGUACUCUGUCUGAGUAAACUAUGUAUCCAAUGAAAUAACAUGUCCCUUGUAUUCAGAUGAAUAAGUUUACCAUCACUUACAGUGUAACAGUAUACUUAAAAUCUGGUUUAUAUCCUGGUCACUAAUUAUAGAUACAGUAACAUACCAUUUUACUCCAGGAUUCUACAUCUUUUACUAAAAGGAGGUAGAAUAUCUAGCAAAAUAUCAGGUAAUUUCUGUCAGUUCUGUUUUAUGUAGAAACUUAUCAGCUACUGUGACAAAUGACUAUUUUUGAAACAGUAAUAGAGGGUAAGUGGACCAUCAGCAUUGUAUAUGAGGUUGGAAUGCAUGAGUUUUAUGUAUUUUUUUAAUUUCUCUAUAAACAAUACUCUUCACAUACAUUAUUUAUUUAUUUAUUUAUUUAACUUAUGCACAUGUAUUUACAUAUUUCCACAUAAAUGAAUGUACAAACAGCAGAAAAACUGUUUACAAUUGUAUUUACACCAACCCCCAGCAAAAAGUGUCAUUCUGAAGGAUGUGUGGUAUUCAAGUACUGAAAACGAUGGUCUUGUGUGAAACUGAUGGUUUCUCAAAGUUUCUGUGAAAGAUUAAAAAUGCAAUUUCAUUCAGCA